AUGAACAAGCUCCAAGAAAAUCGUGAUAUUUCGCCCCAAGAAUUUGUGGACCAGCUGUUAAAUGAGGGUUCCAUGAUACCAUGUGAUAACACAAAUGAAUCAUUUAAUCAACAGGGCGAUGCGGUUCCUCCUUAUUUUGAUAAGCGGCUGUUUAAAAUAGGACAGAAGCUAUAUCAAAAACAUAUGUACGCCAUGGAUGUGAUGCAUUGCUUUGGAGUUAUGUUGUUAUAUUCAAUCAAGUCUGCUUUUGACGUAGCAAUUUCUGCAGCAGGUCCCGAUGCUACUGUAUAUGAUCUCUUUAUACGACAAAUGAAUACCAAUAAGAAUCUUCAGCUAUUCUAUGAUGCGGAUUUUGAACCAGGAUCUAGAGAAUGGAAAGCAAUAACCAAGACGAAACUCAGACACAACGCCGUUAGUAAAGGCAGUAUAAAACAGGGUUUUAAUGCUUUAACUCAAAAAGAAAUGGUCCUUGGACAGUGGUUUAUUGCUGGAUUUAAUUUGGUAAGAGGCGAGAUGGCUGGUAUACAUAAUGUUUCAGAAGAAGAAUGGCUAGGAUUUCAUCAUUAUUGGAGGGUAAUCGGCUUCUUAAUAGGAAUUGAGGAACGCUUCAAUGUGUGCAGUGUCCCAAUAGAUACUACAAGAAAAAUAUCCGAAAUAUUACUGGCACAAGUGUUUAAUCCCGAGAUGACAAAGAGGACCCCAGAAUAUUUAAUGGUUACUAAAAUAACUGGUUAUUGUUGGGCACCAAUAUUACCAGACCUAGAAGCAAAAUCCGCUGCCAACUACACUUUUAACUUGACCAAACCAAAAAAUGGUUCGAAAUUUCCACAGCCCAAUUUUAUGGAAAUGAACUGGUUUUCAAGGAUGUAUUACUACUACUUUAUGUUUGUUUUAUUGUACCUGUUAAAAUGGGAUUUUUUCAGAGCUGUAAGGAACUUUAUACACAGAGCUAAUUUUUAUUUGAUCAAAAAUUUUCCCAUCGUUCCUAGAAUCCAGUGUGAAAUCUCACAAUAUUUACACUUCGAUAAAAAUGCAGAGAAGCGAUAUGGGUUAAACUGA